UGGGGAUGUUAAUUUUAUGCGGAAAUCCUCGAUGAAAUUGUGCAUGCGUUCCCCAUCGUUUCAAGUAGUUUUUGCGAAGUUGAACAUGGAAGUGGAAGCUUCCUUUUUCGUACUAAAAUUUGACGAUAUCGGUCACAUUGUCGUCGUUAAAUAUUUUUUCACGGGAUUAAUUCGUGUUGAAAAGUGAAAAGAGAUCUCAAAAGGGGUGUAUCGACUUGCCUCCUGACGAGUCUCAUAUCGCUCAUAUCAUUGCAUUUAUACUCUUUUGGUGGUAAACAAAUACACGAGGUAGGUGUAACAAUAAUACAUCUUCGUUUCUUCGUCGAGCCGGAUUGAAUAAAGUCAGAAAUUUUGAAGAAAAAUGUUGAAAUUGUCGUCCAAGCUAAUUUUUUCUGGAAUCCUAUGUGAUACUUGUUCUCCGUGCAUUACGAUUAGAAAACCUAAUUGGAGGUCCUACAACGUGUUUAACAAUUAUUUGCGCACCUCUGCCACAUCUUCUGUUAAUGCUUCACAGGGUCAUCACCAAAUAAUAAUAACUGACCAAACAAAGUCAGAUGGCGAAUUCAUACAUCCCUACAAAAGUAUUUUUCCGUGGAAGUCAAAACCGGAGUUUGUGCAGCAUUUGGUUCAACAAAUCGUGCAUGCAGAUGAUGGACUUGUAGUCAUAAACAAACCAUUUGGAGUUGGAGUUAUAAAUAGUAAAGCAAAACAUAAGGGACAAAUUAAACAAGUAGAAUAUUCCCAUUUACGUGGUAUUGAUCUCACGGAUUACAACUUGGAAAUUGCACUUCCUCAUUUACGAAUUGCUCUAAGCAAACCAGAUCUGGUACUUGUAAAAAGUACAGAAAGAAUGACGUCUGGACUUGCCGUAUUUGCGGACAACUUGCGACAUGCAGAUACAUUUCGUCGCAAGCUACGAAAUUCUAAAAUGUUGUCUAAUACUAAGCCAUUAUACAACUACCUUGUAAUCACGGCAGGGACACCGUUCUCAAAUCAAACAACGUUUCAUGAACGCGUAGGCGUACAGUUGAAAUCUGCACUGCUAUCUAAUGUUAUGCAGCCUUGUAUUGAGCGACAAUUCUCUCGGAAUUCUGUUAAAAGGAAAGAUGUAAAACCAGUUAACGUUACAAUUAACGUCGCAAAAUAUGGUGAUCACAAGACUGCACUACUGGAAAUUGGGACAAGCAGCGUAAAGUGGAACUUUUUGAGGAUUUACUGUUCAGAUUUAUUAAUCCCAAUUUUGGGUGAUCACUUGUACUCUUGUCGAGUUCAAUCUAUUAUGGGUGUACCAACUAAAAUGGAUAUAUCGCAUGCACCUCCGGGAUCAUCGGAUCAAAAACUUUCACCUCAUAUACUGGAAGCACUUAAAGUCAGGGAAAGUAUUCAAGUACUUCCUCAUAUGCAUUUGCAAUCCUACCUGUUGCAAAACUACGGAAAGAAGGGACACCAUUUAGAAUUAAAAGCUCCAAUACCUCCUCAUUUUAAAUGGACGCAAAGUCAGCUAAAUCUUUUAUAGUAUUGUAGAAAUAAAUGAGUUUUAUUGCGAAAUAAAAUAUAAAUGACACGGAUAUCUAGUGUUCUAAUGCUA